AUGCAAUUCCAUCCUGCCGGUUUGUUCGUUCGUAAACGGUUGACGUUAGCGGAUGGAAUUCUCUUCCAAAUGCGUCUCGCCAGCGGGGAUGAUCGUCCGCCGUGUCAUGGUGCUGUAGCAGCUCCUCCUCCUAGUUCCGUUUGCUCCUUGCUUGCGGUUUCUCCCCUGUCGCGUUCCCUCCACACGACCAAGCGGCUGCACGAUUCGCCACUGCUCCUGGACAUCAUGGCUUCUGCAUCUGCUGUCAGCGUGGCGUGCGGCAUCAGACUUAACACGUCCACUCACCAGAAAUGCGUGCUGCAGAAGCCGUCAGUGGUCUUGGCGUCAAAGACGGCAUUCAUUCCGUCGCCGCUGCUUCUUACCGCCUACGCUUCUGGCUCCAAGAACGUCAGCUGCCGCGUCGCAACACGAUGCUCUGCUUCCAUCCAUGCCGCUAUGGCUGUGUCUCCAUCGGAACUGGACGUGAUCUCGAGAAGCAGCGAGAUUGUUCCCGAUUCAAUCGUCGGCGGCCAAUUUGAGAGCUUCAAGCCCACUGCAGCGACCGUGUCGUCGGCUCUCAUCCUCGGAGUUUCCUCCUUGGGGGAAGCUAAGUUCGACGGAGCGAUCAAGAGCGCGUUGGCGUACGGCAAGUGCAUGAUAGCGCCGGAGGAAAACAAGUUCUCCUGCUUCCUCGAUAAGGCGCUGGUGAACGUGGGGAGGGAGCUGAGCCUCGAGGUGUCCGGGCGUGUGUCUACCGAGGUGGAUCCUAGGCUGGCGCACAACACGGCCGCCAUGGUCGAAAGGGUGCGCAACCUCGCGGAGCUGUACAAGGAGGUGGACGUGGGUGUGAACCGAGUGCUGUUCAAGCUACCCGCCACGUGGGAGGGCAUCGAGGCGGCGAGGCAGCUGGAAGCAGAGGGCAUCAAGACGCACGUCACCGGCGUUGCCAGCUUCGCCCAGGCAUCAGCAUGCGCGCAAGCGAACGUGGCAGUCAUUCAAAUCCCCGUCGGUCGAAUUAAGGACUGGGCGCGCACGCACUCAGGCGACAAGGAAGUGGAAGCUGCAGCAGCCAAGGGCGAGGACCCUGGGGUCAGCCUGGUGCGCCGUGCGUGUGCGUUUAUUGCCCGCAACAACUUCCCCACCAAGGUCAUGGCAUCCAACAUCCGCAGCAAGGACGACGCACUCAGCCUGCUUGGCACUGACUACCUGGUGGUACCCCUCAAGGUGCUGGAGGCUCUGAAAGACACACCUGCGUCUCCUGAUCUCAAACCUGCAGCACUCAGUUCAGCAUCUGACAAGGUCAAGCCUUGGGAUAUGGCGAGGUUCAUGGCCAAUAUUGGUCCUUGUGCCCGCCAGCUGCUUCAGGCUGAGAUUGAUUCCGCUGUGUCUCAGGCGGAGAAGGUUGACAAGCACUUCAAGAAGAUCUGGCCGCCCCCGAACUCCGAGAACCAGAGGGACUGUCUCCCAAUCGCGAGGCUGUCGCUGCAGCGAGCUUCAGUUUGCAACCGAGCAGGUGCACUCCGUUCUCGCUCUCUCAAGCCCGUCGCAGCAGCUGCCGGCCACUCUUCAGCAUUCAGCAGCCAAGGGAAUCAAGAGGGAAAGCAGGGAAGGCAGAGCAACGGAGCGGGGGACAUUCAGAUUGAGGGAGUGAGAGUGGGGGAGAAGGAGGGGGAGGGAGAGGGAAACGGAGAGGAGGUGUGGGAGGAGGAGAUGGGCGAGAGUGUGGCAGCAGCGCGAGUGCGGGUGAGGCACGAGCUGUACGCACCCAUCGAGCCUUAUCAGUCCGGCAACCUUACUGUAUCGGAUGUGCAUACAGUCUACUGGGAGGAGAGCGGCAAUCCCAAAGGCCAGCCUGUCAUUUUCUUGCAUGGGGGGCCAGGAGGCGGCACAUCCCCGGCCAACAGGCGGUUCUUUGACCCGACGUUCUUCCGCAUCAUCCUCCUGGACCAGCGGGGGGCGGGCAGAAGCACACCCCACGCGUGCCUGGAGGACAACACCACCUGGCACCUGGUGGAGGAUAUCGAGACCCUGAGGAAACACCUGGGGGUCGAUAAGUGGCUGGUGUUUGGAGGGUCAUGGGGCUCCACUCUAUCGCUCGUGUAUGCAGCGACACAUCCAGACAGGGUAGCAGGCUUGAUUCUCCGGGGAAUCUUCCUGCUGCGAAGGAAGGAGGUGGAGUGGUUUUAUCAGAAGGGGGCUGACUCCAUCUUCCCUGAUGCGUUUGACAAGUACCGGGAGUUCAUUCCCAAGGAGGAGCAGCACGAUCUAGUAACAGCUUACCACAAGAGACUCAUGAACGACUCCGAACCUGACCAGCAGGUGGCAGCAGCGCGGCACUGGACGGAGUGGGAGAUGGCCACCAGCUACCUGCUGCCCAACGAGGACUCGCUCAAACGAGGCGAGGACGACAAAUUCGCGCUGGCGUUUGCGCGCAUUGAGAGCCACUAUUUUGUGAACAAGGGCUUCUUGCCAUCCGACUCGUUUCUGCUCGACUCCGUGCCCAAGUUCAGACACAUCCCAGCUGUCAUUGUCCAGGGCCGGUAUGACGUGGUAUGCCCAAUCGUGUCGGCGUGGGAACUCCACAAGGCUUGGCCCGAAGCUGAGUUCAAGAUCGUUCCGGAUGCCGGCCAUUCGGCCAAUGAGAAGGGAAUCAGCGAACAGCUUGUAGCGGCAAUGGAGUCUUUCAAGUUCAAGCUUUCAAGAUGA